AUGCAUCCAUACAGUUUCUGCAUUUGGGUUUUUGGUGGAAUUGAACGCCAUCCACCUCCAGCUUUCAGUAGUACGCUCUGCAAGCCAGAUUCUGUAAUUUUGUAUGCAUCCAUAUGGUUUGUGGGUACCGCAUUUAGGUUUUUAGUGGAAUCAAACACCACCCACCUCCAGCUGCUCUGCAAGCCAGAUUCUGUAAUAUUCCGCAUUCAGGUUUUUAGUGGAAUCGAACAGAACCCACCUCCAGCGGCUCUGCAAGCCAGAUUCUGUAAUAUUGUAUGCAUCCAUAUAGUUUUUGGUGGAAUCAAACACCAUCCACCUCCAGCAAUCAGUAGCUCUGCAAGCCAGAUUCUCAUUAUGGAUGGUACUUGGCUGGCAUUGGGUGCUAGCCGCAUUCGGGUUUUUGGUGGAAUCGAACAGCACCCACCUCCAGCAGCUCUGCAAGCUAGAUUCUGUAAUAUUGUGCUAGCCGCAUUCGGGUUUUUGGUGGAAUCGAACACCAUCCACCUCCAGCGGCUCUGCAAGCCAGAUUCUGUAAUAUUGUAUGCAUCUGUAUGGUUUGUGGGUAGUUUUUGGUGGAAUCAAACACCAUCCACCUCCAGCUGCUCUAAAAGCCAGAUUCUGUAA